AUGGCGGAAUUGGAGGAGUGGAUUGAAAAGAAGGUGGAGGCGAUUUCCGCGCUGGCGGACGCGAUCGGGACGGAAUGGGCGAGCGGCGUGGCGCCGUCAUCUCUGGGUAUUAAGACAGGGCGCAAGCGAGCUCGCGUGGCGGAUGGCUCUUCCUCAGAGCCAAUGAUGAUGCAGCAGCAUCUGGCAGCCCUGUCAGCCCAUGCGGAAGCCAUCCGCGAGAAGGUGCGCGGAGUGGGGAGAUCAGUGCGCGGACUUGAGGGACGGAAGGCGGGAGGUGGAAUAAUGGAGAGCGGAGAGGAGCGGGGAGAAAACAUGGAGAGGCAAACUGUGGGGGAGGAGGAGAAGGAGGAUCAGGGUCAGGAGGAAAAGGAGGACGAGGGGGGUGAGGGGGAGAAGGAGGCGGAAGAGGAGGAGGAAGGGGAGGAAGAGGGGGGAAUGAGAGACGAGGACGAUGAGAAGAAAAUUGAAUUGGUAGACAAAAAGACGGAGGAAGGGGGUGAAGAAGAGUGGAAGCGUGAAUCUGGUGGAGAAGCAAGGGAGGAGAUGCAGGAAGCUGUGCUGGGAGAUGGGCGAGGGGAGGAGCCGGGAGACGAGACAAGAGAGAAAGGGGUUGAAGAAAAGAUGGAUGGGGACUCUACUGGAGGAGUAAUGGAGGAGAUGGAGCAAGCGGUGGGAGAAGGGCGAGGGGAGGAGCCAGUGGAGGCAGUAGGAGCAGGGCUUGGGGGAGAGGGAAGAGAAGGACACUCGGCAGAGAGGGAGGGAGCGGCAGAGAGGGAAGGAGCGGCAGAGAGGGAAGGAGCGGCAGAGAGGGAAGGAGCGGCAGAGAGGGAAGGAGCGGCAGAGAGGGAAGGAGCGGCAGAGAGGGAAGGAGCGGCAGAGAGGGAAGGAGCGGCAGAGAGGGAAGGAGUGGCAGAGAGGGAAGGAGCGGCAGAGAGGGAAGGAGCGGAAGAGAAUUGUGAAAAUAACGCCAAAGAUGCAGAGGAGGACGCAAUGGAGGAAGGCGUUGAGGAUAAUUAUGACCUGGUUGAGGUGAGAGGUGGCAAUGAGGUGAGAGGUGGCAUUGAGGUGAGAGGUGGCAUUGAGGUGAGAGGUGGCAUUGAGGUGAGAGGUGGCAUUGAGGUGAGAGGUGGCAUUGACUUUGCCUCUCCCGCUCGUUCUCGCCCCUUUCGCCCUUUCCAUUCCUUUUUCCUCCUUCCUGAAUUUCCAGUCUUUCUGCAAUUUACCUAA